CUGCUGAGCGCCGGAAGUACUCAGAUCCAGGCGCAGCGACGCAGAGGCUAGUACGUGGGUCCGGCCAGACUAUGCCGGUCACCGGGAAGACUUUCCGGCGGCGCCGGGCUGACUCGGAGUCCGAAGAAGAUGAGCAGGACUCAGAGGAGGUUCGAUUAAAACUGGAGGAGACUCGAGAGGUACAGAACUUGAGAAAGAGGCCCAACGGGGUGAGUGCUGUAGCCCUGCUGGUGGGAGAGAAGGUACAAGAAGAGACCACUCUAGUGGAUGAUCCCUUUCAGAUGAAGACAGGUGGGAUGGUGGACAUGAAGAAACUAAAAGAAAGAGGCAAAGAUAAGAUCAGCGAAGAGGAGGAUCUCCAUCUGGGGACGUCGUUUUCCGCUGAAACCAACCGAAGGGAUGAGGACGCCGACAUGAUGAAGUACAUCGAGACAGAGCUAAAGAAGAGGAAAGGGAUCGUGGAACACGAGGAACAGAAAGUCAAGCCGAAGAACGCGGAGGACUGCCUUUACGAGCUGCCGGAGAACAUCCGGGUCUCCUCAGCGAAGAGGACGGAGGAGAUGCUGUCCAACCAGAUGCUGAGCGGCAUCCCCGAGGUGGACCUCGGCAUCGACGCUAAAAUCAAAAAUAUCAUUUCCACGGAGGAUGCCAAGGCCCGCCUGCUGGCAGAGCAGCAGAACAAGAAGAAGGACAGCGAGACAUCCUUCGUGCCCACCAACAUGGCAGUGAAUUACGUGCAGCACAACCGAUUUUACCACGAGGAGCUCAAUGCUCCCAUACGGAGAAACAAAGAAGAGCCCAAAGCCCGACCCUUGAGAGUGGGCGACACAGAGAAGCCAGAGCCCGAGCGGUCCCCUCCCAACCGCAAGCGUCCUGCUAAUGAGAAGGCCACCGAUGACUAUCACUACGAGAAGUUCAAGAAGAUGAACCGGCGGUACUGAGGGAGGCAGAAGGGGAGCAGUGCACAGCGGGGUGUUAAAUAGUGUCCUCCACUCCCUCUAUCCCCAUGAUAACAGGCUGCCUGGACAGAAGCCUGUGCACUGAUAGCAGACGGUUCCCAAAACAGAUGCUGCUAACCCUGUGCCUCACAUGCUGGAUUUUUCAGGCACCGUGUGUGUAACCUUUUGAAACAAGACAAUGCAUAGUUUUUCUAUUUGGGGGAAAACUCUCUUCUUGUGAGCAUUAUUAAAUCUUGUUUGUAAAUAUGUUGACUUCCUCCUAAUAUUUGCCCUGGGUCAGGAGGAAACAGCUGUGAGUUUAGAGUGAGAUGAUACCCUUUAGAUUGUGCUUUCAUUACAUAUGCAAUCAUGUCUCCUACUUGUAAAUAUCAGGAACGGGGUUCAGAAAUGCAUCCGUCCCUCUUUACGGUGGAGCCAGCUGAUGGCAGAAAAAUCUAGGAUGAGAUCAAAGGGUCACUGGUAUUUUCUGACUUGUACAGUUGUGUUUCUUUUCAUUAAGAGAGAAAAAACAAUUUCUAUCGCUUUAAGCACUUAAGUAUUAAAUAUGAAAUGGACCCACA